AUGUGCACACCGUCCAUUCGCAUCGUCAGAGCCGGCCGAGCGCCCUCUGUGCUAACAUCGCGCUCAUGCCGCCGCCUCCAAUACCAAGCACGCUGCUUCCACGACUACUUCGUCACCCAUCUCCCCUCGUCGUCGCUGCAUCCUGACCAGCACCACGUCGCCGGCCCGGGCCACAAGCUCCCGCGCGACAAGUCGACCCCUCACACCCAACGUGACGGCAGCAGGUUGCCUGCCGCCGCCCCGCCCUUCCAAGGCGCGCGCGAGACAACCGUCGUGCGCAUCCCUCUGCGCAGCGCAAAGCACCACUUCGGCGUCUCCGUGUCGCGAGGCCAGCGCCCCUACAACGAGGAUGCAUUCCAGGCUGGCACCAUCGAGAUACCUGCUUUCGCCAAGAGGCAGCCUGUCUCGUUGACACGGAGCAACAGGGCUAUCCUCUCCGAGAACACGUCGGCAGACAGCGCCAGCGGUGACCCGCAGGUCUUCUACUAUGGAAUCUUUGACGGCCACGGCGGCAAUGAGUGCAGCGACUUCUUGAGGGAGCGGCUACACAAGUACCUGGAGCAAAGCACCCAGCUGUUCGAGCUCAAGAGCAGCCUCACACACAAAAGCAGUCUCUGCGACCCCGAUACCUCAGAACGCCCCAACCCCUCGCCUAGUGGCCGCGAAAGUCUUCAAGCGAUUGACACGCACACGCCUCCUGGAACCGAGCCCGCGAGAGUGCCAGACACGUCGAAUGGAGAGACUCCGCCAAACGGGAGAGAUGACACAACCCCGCCUCCACACGGAGCAACUUCAGUGAAGCAGUCCGGUAACGUGCCCAAUGCAGAACAGCUUGAACGGGAAAUCGUCGUUUCAUGGCGAGACCUGGUCGGGGGCUACUUCAAGCGUUUCAAGCCAGACUUCUUCUCCACAUCAGCCGGCGGCAAAGGCCAUAGCCUGGAGAAGGAGGAGGUACAGCGCCGCCGCCAAAUGCAACACACAAACAUCUCGGACGAUGUGGCCGAAGGAGUCGGCAUCGAGACGGUUCUGACCUACGCCUUCCUGAAAGCCGACUUCGACUUUGUCUCGGCGCAGGUCAACAAGGCCGAUGAGGACUUGGUCGAGGCAGACCGCGCAAUCAACGACGAAGACAUCCUGGAACGCCCAUCUCAGGCUGGCAAGAGGAUUGGCGGACCGAAGCGUUUCAAGGGAGGCAGCACGUGCAGCAUUGCUCUGAUCUCUACUCCAACGCCGGCACCCUAUUGGACCCCCGGUUCUGCAUCCACCAUCGUCACGGCCCACGUAGGGGAUACGCGCAUCAUUCUUUGCAACACGGCGACGGGCCAGCCCAUGCCAUUGACGUCGAAUCACCAUCCGUCCCUGCCGUCGGAAGAGGAACGGCUACGGAGAUAUGCGGCCGCCUUCGCCACGGACUCGUUUGGGGAAGAGCGUAUAUUUGGCCUUGCCAACACGCGCGCGUUCGGCGACAUGCAUUCGAAGCGAGUAGGCGUGUCUUCGGAGCCCGAGAUCCGGCGGAUAGAGCUUGCGCCUGCAGAGUACUCGUUCAUGGUGAUGGUCUCGGACGGCGUCUCCGGGACUCUCAGCGACCAGGAGAUAGUGGACAUUGUGAAGGACGCGCGGACGCCAGAGCAGGGGGCACGCGAGGUGGUUAGCUUCGCGACCGAAGUGUCGCAGGACGGCGACAACGCAACGGCGCUCGUGGUGCGUCUGGGAGGCUGGGAGCGGCGCAGCGAGGGAGGGCUGGGCAGUCUCGGCACCAAGGAGCUGCGCGACUGGAGACGGAAGGAAGCGGAGGAUCCACGCAGCGGACGCAGGUAA